AUGGACCGACCAUUACCACCAGUCCCCGGAUACGGCUUCCCGGGCCCCAACACAUACAGAGACGACGACCCGGCUGUUCCUUACCACUCGCGAUACAGCCAACAAUCACUCGCUUCGGAUGGCGGAGGAUACCAAACUUCCGGUCGCAUGGCGGAUGGCGACCAGUACGCCGAGAACAUACCACUCAAGUCCGCGACACAAAACGCCCACACGAACCCGGAGUGGAUGGACCGACCGCCAUCACCAGGAGGAUUCUAUGAUAAUGAUCGUCAAAAUAGCCGGCGUAAACGAGGGGGGUUCUUCAGCAAAAAGCCCGCGUGGGUGACGUGGACCUUGACAGCAGCUCAGAUUAUCGUUUUCAUCGUCGAGCUGGUGAAGAGUGCGCAACUGACCGGUUCUCCAAUCGAAACACAUCCCACCUUCAAUCCUAUGAUCGGCCCUUCGCCGUAUGUCCAGAUCUGGAUGGGAUCGCGCUACGUCCCCUGCAUGAAAAACAUGAACACCGUCCAAAACAACGUCAACCAGACCCUUUGGGCGUGCCCCAACACCACCCAAGCCAUCGCUGCGUGCUCGCUCAAGGAGAUCUGUGGGUUCAGCGGCUCCGUUCCCAACCCCCACCCCGGAGGGUCCCUCUCCCAGCAGCCGGCGCCAAAUCAAUGGUUUCGCUUUAUUGUGCCGAUCUUUUUGCAUGGCGGCUUCGUUCAUAUUGGUUUCAAUCUGCUGGUCCAGUUGACCAUGGGCGCCGACAUGGAGCGGAUGAUUGGCAUCUGGCGCUAUACUCUCACUUAUUUUGCUAGCGGAAUCUUCGGUUUUGUGCUCGGUGGCAACUACUCUGAAUACCUCGAGUCGGCCGACGGCUGCUCGGGCUGUCUGUUUGGUAUUCUGGCGCUCUACUUAUUGGAUCUACUAUACGACUGGCCCAACCGCGACUCUCGCUGGAUAGAGUUGCUCAUCAUGGUUCUGGGCGUGGGAGUUUCGUUUGUGUUGGGUCUGUUGCCUGCACUGGAUAAUUUUUCGCAUAUUGGAGGUUUCAUCAUGGGCCUGGCCAUCGGCUUGAGUAUCAUGCGAUCUCCCAACAAUCUCCGAGAACGAAUCGGCCUAGCGCGCGAGCCGUAUGUCGCGAUGAGCGGCGGAGCUGGCCAGGCCGCGCCCGAAGACAGCAAUCCAUCGCGGUCCAAGUUGAUGGACUUCCUCAAAGGCCGAGGGGGAGUGGUCUUGUCGGGUGAUGGCUCCGAGGUCACCUCGAAAAACCCAAUCAACUUCUUCAAAGGGCGCAAGCCGCUCUGGUGGUUGUGGUGGUUUGUCCGGGCAGGCAGCCUGGUUGCGGUGCUGAUCGGGUUUAUUUUGCUCAUCACCAAUUUCUACAAUACCUACGAGUCCAACUGCUCAUGGUGCUACCGCCUGAGUUGCCUGCCGGUGAAUGGCUGGUGCAAACAGCAGCAGGUAGCAUCUGUGCGUCCUUAG